AGAGUGUGUGUGCUUGACCCAUCCUCACACCCACCAUGGCAUGGAGUAUGUCUGCACUCUGUGCGCUGGCCCUGGUUUUGACCUGUGGCCUACAGGUGAUCACAGCAAAGGUGCACCAGAGCAACCAUGUCAGCAGCGUUUGUAGCAUGUGGGGAAAUUUCCACUUUAAGAUGUUUGAUGGAGAUGUCUACCAGUUUCAAGGCACUUGUGAAUAUAAUCUAGUCUCUGACUGCCACGGGCCUGUGCAGGGCUUCUCUGUGCAUGUGAAAAGAUCAGGGACACCUGGGAUCUCAAAAAUCACCAGAGUGCUGGUCACUAUUGAAGGCAUAGCCUUUGUGCUCACCAAGAACAUAGUUAUGGUCAACAACGACAUUGUUAAUCUGCCACACUACGUAGCUGGCGUGAUGCUUGAAGAAAACUCCAUCUACAUUAAACUUUAUGCCAAACUGGGUCUCAGUGUCACAUGGAAUAAAGAUGAUGCUGUCAUGCUGGAACUUGACACUAAGUAUGUUAACCGUACCUGUGGACUUUGUGGUGAUUACAACGGUGUUCCUGUUGUUAAUGAGUUCCUAAGUGAUGGUCGUGUGACUGGCUUCAUUGAGUUCGGCAACAACCACAGGGUCCACAGCCCCAAUGACGUCUGCGAGGACCCUUAUGAAGAAUUUGAAAAUGAAGAUAACACAGUGGACAAGUGCCAGUCAUUUCGAGAAGAGUGCUCCGAGCUGCUGCUGGAUGAAUCCUGGUCCUUCUGUAGGAACAUUUUGAGUCCAGAGCCUUAUAUUCAUGCCUGCAUGAUGGACACGUGUGCUAGUGGCCCAGGAGACACUGAUGUCAGCACAUCUUUCUGCAGCACCCUGUCUGAGUACUCACGCCAGUGCUCCCAUGCAGGGGGAAAGCCACCCAACUGGAGAACACCAGCCUUUUGUGCUAUGACUUGCCCCUUUAACAUGGAGUACUCUGAAAGCGGCUCCCCUUGUCUGGACACGUGCACACACACAGACACCAGCUCAUUGUGCGCGGAACACAAGAUGGAUGGCUGCUUCUGUCCACCUGGUACUGUUUUUGAUGAUAUCUCUGAGAGAGGCUGUAUCCCUCAGGAACAGUGCCAGUGUAAGCACAACAAGGUGUACAACACUGGAGAGGUUCUGCGCAAGGAUGAUGAAGAAUGUGUGUGUCAUCAAGGAAGGUGGAUCUGCAAGAGUCUGUCACUCCCAGGUGUGUGUGCUAUAGAAGAGGGUUCCCACUUCACUACUUUUGAUGGCAAAGAAUUUACCUUUCAUGGGAGAUGCAGUUAUGUUCUUUCCAAGGACUGCGUGGGCUCAAAGUUCAUCAUUCUGGGACAGCUUAUCCCUUGUGUCCCCCAUCAUACAGACACUUGCCUGAAAUCAAUUGUAUUAAUGCUCAACAAUGACAAGAGUAAUGCCAUAAUCAUCAAAGAUGAUGGCAUAAUAAGGCAUAAUGGAGAUAUAAAACUCCCAUACACCACUGCUGAUUUCACCAUAUUCAGACCGUCAUCCUUCUACAUCAUAUUGCAGACAACUUUCGGGCUUCAUCUUUAUGUGCAGCUGGUUCCGAUCAUGCAGCUCUACAUCACUCUGGAUCAGAGUUUUCAGUCCUACACCUGUGGUCUGUGUGGAAACUUCAACACGGUACUGUAUGAUGAACUGUUGACCCCACAGGGUGUAGUUGAAGGGACAGCUACAUCCUUUGCAAAUUCCUGGAAGGCUCAGUCCAACUGUCCUGACCAGAGAGAGAGACUUGAUGACCCCUGCAGCUACAGCAUAGACAGUGAGAGCUAUGCUGAGCACUGGUGCUCUAAACUAAAGGACAAGGAAGACAUUUUUGCCAAAUGCCAUUCUGCUGUUAACCCAGAAAGCUACUACAAGAGGUGUAAAUAUUCAAGCUGCACGUGUGAGAAGAGCGAGGAUUGUUUGUGUGCUGUCUUCUCCUCCUACGUUCGGGCAUGUAGAGCCAAGGGGGUGUUCCUGCAAAGGUGGAGAGACACAGUGUGUGAGAAAUACACUAAAAGCUGCCCAGCUACUCAGAUUUUCAACUACAAUGUUCAGCAAUGCCAGCGAACAUGUGAUUCCCUUAGUCUGGAACGUCAAGGGUGCAGCACUGACUAUGUGCCCGUGGAUGGGUGUGCCUGUCCAGCAGGGCUCUAUGAGAGUGUGAAUGGUGUGUGUGUGACCAUGGAUAAAUGUCCCUGCUAUCACAAUGGAGAGCACUUUAAACCUGGCAAGUCAAUCAACAUCAAAAAUGAUCACUGUAUAUGUACAAAUGGAAAGCUUCAGUGCCAGUCCCAGAGGUCUCGUAUUACAGGCUGUCCUGCUCCAAAGGUCUUCUUUAACUGCAGUACAGCAGGGCCGGAUGAGCAUGGGAUAGAGUGUGCACAAACAUGCGCACAAAAGAACGUUGAUUGUUAUCCCACAGGCUGUGAGUCGGGAUGUAAAUGUCCCGAAGACCUGCUUGAUGAUGGUCGUGGUUUCUGUGUUAAGGAGCAUGACUGCCCAUGCAAACAUGACAAUCACUUUUAUGCUUCAGGUUCUGAAAUAAUGGACGAAUGUAACAAAUGUAUUUGCAAACAUGGCGAGUGGGACUGCACCAACAACAAAUGUCCAGGCACUUGCACCAUCUAUGGCAGUGGACAUUACAACACAUUUGAUAAGCAAAGAUUUGGUUUCAGUGGCUUCUGUAGUUACAUGGCUGUCCAGAACAACUGUGGAAAUCAGACGAGGACAUUUCAUGUGAUCACAGAGAACGUGCCAUGCGGGACAACAGGGACCACUUGUUCCAAAGCUGUUCGGAUUAUAUUAGGAAGAACAGAGCUGGAGUUGAGGGACGGCAAAAUGACAGAAAUAAAAGCAGAAACUGGUCUAUCUAUUAAGUUCAAUGUGAGAUAUGUGGGUCUUUACCUGGUCAUUGACUCUGAAAUCGGUCUAACAGUGUUGUGGGACUUUAAAACAACAGUCCGCAUCAUUCUCCAACCCUAUCAUAUGGGUAAGGUUUGCGGGUUGUGCGGAAACUUCAACGGAAAUGCCAAAGAUGACUUCACCACUCAAGACUCGCUGCAUGUUUCUGAUGUGAUGGAGUUUGUAAACAGCUGGAAACUAGACAGCAAUUGCCCAAGUGCUAACCGAGACUUUGAUCCGUGUAUUCAAGCACAGAACCGGGAGAAUUGGGCAAAACUGCAGUGCAGCAUCAUUAAAUCGGACAUUUUCAAAGCGUGCCACGAUAAGGUGGAGUGGACCCCAUAUUACGAAAACUGUGUAAGAGACUCAUGUGCAUGUGACACCGGUGGAGACUGUGAGUGUUUCUGCACUGCUGUAGCUGCUUAUGCACAAGCCUGUAAUGAAGCAGAGGUCUGUGUGGCCUGGAGAACUCCAGAGAUCUGUCCUGUGUUCUGUGACUACUACAAUCACCUGAAUGAAUGCAUAUGGCACUACAGUCCCUGUGAAACACCAUGCUACAAAACCUGUCUCAACCCUAACGGCAUAUGCACCAACCCCUUACCGCACCUAGAGGGAUGUUAUCCUAAAUGUCCUGAGGACAAGCCCAUUUUUGAUGAGAAGAAUCAGGUUUGCGUUGAGGAAUGUCCAGGAUGCUUUAUUAAUGGAACAGAGUAUACGCCUGGGGAGGAAAUACCAACUAAAAUACCAUGCAAUUUCUGUUAUUGUCACGAAAAUGGAUCUGAAAUAUGUUUCCUCAGACCUGGGUGCUGCUUUUACAAUGGAACAGAAUAUAAUGACAAUGAUGUCAUAUACAAUGUAACAGACAACAUGGGAACAUGCUACUAUGCUAUAUGCAUAAAUAACACUGUCAACAAUGGCAGCUAUCCCUGUGGAGUGCCCACCACAACACCAAUAACUGCAACAUCAACAGUACCAACACCAGCACCAACAACAACUCCAGUAUAUACAACUACUACAGUAACAACAACAGUAACACAUCCAACUACAGUAGGCAGUACAACAGUCAGUGAAACUACACCAUGUAUUAUAUGUGAAUGGACUGACUGGAUCAAUGUGUAUGACCCAGCUGAAGGAGGGGGAAAUGAUUUAGAAACAUAUGAAAAUAUCAAGAACAGUGGAAAAGAGAUAUGUAAACAACCAGAAGACAUCAAGUGCAGAAAUGUACAAAAUCCUGAUUUGUCUCUGGACGAAUUUGUACAAAGUACAGGUCAGGUUGUGCAGUGCAAUGUUUCAUUUGGUUUAGUGUGUGAAAAGAGGAAACAGACACAACGCCCAUACAAAUGUUUUGAUUAUGAAAUUAAUGUACUUUGUUGUAGAGAAUGUGAUUUUUCAACAACCAAUACUCCAGUGUCUACAACAUCCCAGCAUACAACAACUAAAUCAAGUACAACAUCUGAAGGUAGUACAACCAUUAAAACUGAGUCAACAUCUUCUUCUGGAACAACAACCAAACCAACUACUACAGUGGAGACAGGUAUAACAGUUGUGACAGGGUCAACAACCAGAAAAACUACACCAACGAAAGAACCUCAAGAGAAUUUAACAACCACACCUGAAACUGAGCAAACAUCUACGACUGAAAAACCUCCAUCUACUAUAUCUACUACAACAGCUAAAACCAGUACAACACCUGAAACUGUGCCAACAUCUACAACUGGUAAAACUACCAAACCAACAACUACUCCAUUGACCACAACUGAAUCAACAGCAUCACAACAAACAGUAACUACAACUCCAUCUACUAUAUCUACUACAACAGCUAAAACCAGUACAACACCUAAAACUGUGCCAACAUCUACAACUGGUAAAACUACCAAACCAACAACUACUCCAUUAACUCCAUCUUUAUCAACAACUUCACAACAAACAGUAACUACAACUCCAUCUACUAUAUCUACUACAACAGCUAAAACCAGUACAACACCUGAAACUGUGCCAACAUCUACAACUGGUAAAACUACCAAACCAACAACUACUCCGUUAACUACAACUGAAUCAACAGCAUCACAACAAACAGUAACUACAAUUCCAUCUACUAUAUCUACUACAACAGCUGAAACCAGUACAACACCUAAAACUGUGCCAACAUCUACAACUGAAAAAACUACCAAACCAACAACUACUCCAUUGACUACAACUGAAUCAACGACAUCACAACAAACAGUAACUACAACUCCAUCUACUAUAUCUACUACAACAGCUAAAACCAGUACAACACCUGAAACUGUGCCAACAUCUACAACUGGUAAAACUACCAAACCAACAACUACUCCGUUAACUACAACUGAAUCAACAGCAUCACAACAAACAGUAACUACAACUCCAUCUACUAUAUCUACUACAACAGCUAAAACCAGUACAACACCUGAAACUGUGCCAACAUCUACAACUGGUAAAACUACCAAACCAACAACUACUCCGUUAACUACAACUGAAUCAACAGUAUCACAACAAACAGUAACUACAACUCCAUCUACUAUAUCUACUACAACAGCUGAAACCAGUACAACACCUAAAACUGUGCCAACAUCUACAACUGAAAAAACUACCAAACCAACAACUACUCCAUUGACUACAACUGAAUCAACAACAUCACAACAAACAGUAACUACAACUCCAUCUACUAUAUCUACUACAACAGCUGAAACCAGUACAACACCUGAAACUGUACCAACAUCUACAACUGUAAAAACUACCAAACCAACAACUACUCCGUUAACUACAACUGAAUCAACAACAUCACAACAAACAGUAACUACAACUCCAUCUACUAUAUCUACUACAACAGCUGAAACCAGUACAACACCUGAAACUGUGCCAACAUCUACAACUGGAAAAACUACCAAACCAACAACUACUCCGUUAACUGCAACUGAAUCAACAACAUCAGAACAAACUGUAACUACAACUCCAUCUACUAUAUCUACUACAACAGCUAAAACCAGUACAACACCUGAAACUGUGCCAACAUCUACAACUGGAAAAACUACCAAACCAACAACUACUCCAUUGACUACAACUGAAUCAACGACAUCACAACAAACAGUAACUACAACUCCAUCUACUAUAUCUACUACAACAGCUAAAACCAGUACAACACCUGAAACUGUGCCAACAUCUACAACUGGUAAAACUACCAAACCAACAACUACUCCGUUAACUACAACUGAAUCAACAGCAUCACAACAAACAGUAACUACAACUCCAUCUACUAUAUCUACUACAACAGCUAAAACCAGUACAACACCUGAAACUGUGCCAACAUCUACAACUGGUAAAACUACCAAACCAACAACUACUCCGUUAACUACAACUGAAUCAACAGUAUCACAACAAACAGUAACUACAACUCCAUCUACUAUAUCUACUACAACAGCUGAAACCAGUACAACACCUAAAACUGUGCCAACAUCUACAACUGAAAAAACUACCAUACCAACAACUACUCCAUUGACUACAACUGAAUCAACAACAUCACAACAAACAGUAACUACAACUCCAUCUACUAUAUCUACUACAACAGCUAAAACCAGUACAACACCUGAAACUGUGCCAACAUCUACAACUGGAAAAACUACCAAACCAACAACUACUCCAUUGACUACAACUGAAUCAACGACAUCACAACAAACAGUAACUACAACUCCAUCUACUAUAUCUACUACAACAGCUAAAACCAGUACAACACCUGAAACUGUGCCAACAUCUACAACUGGUAAAACUACCAAACCAACAACUACUCCGUUAACUACAACUGAAUCAACAGCAUCACAACAAACAGUAACUACAACUCCAUCUACUAUAUCUACUACAACAGCUAAAACCAGUACAACACCUGAAACUGUGCCAACAUCUACAACUGGUAAAACUACCAAACCAACAACUACUCCGUUAACUACAACUGAAUCAACAGUAUCACAACAAACAGUAACUACAACUCCAUCUACUAUAUCUACUACAACAGCUGAAACCAGUACAACACCUAAAACUGUGCCAACAUCUACAACUGAAAAAACUACCAAACCAACAACUACUCCAUUGACUACAACUGAAUCAACAACAUCACAACAAACAGUAACUACAACUCCAUCUACUAUAUCUACUACAACAGCUGAAACCAGUACAACACCUGAAACUGUGCCAACAUCUACAACUGGAAAAACUACCAAACCAACAACUACUCCGUUAACUACAACUGAAUCAACAACAUCAGAACAAACUGUAACUACAACUCCAUCUACUAUAUCUACUACAACAGCUAAAACCAGUACAACACCUGAAACUGUGCCAACAUCUACAACUGGAAAAACUACCAAACCAACAACUACUCCAUUGACUACAACUGAAUCAACAACAUCACAACAAACAGUAACUACAACUCCAUCUACUAUAUCUACUACAACAGCUGAAACCAGUACAACACCUAAAACUGUGCCAACAUCUACAACUGGAAAAACUACCAAACCAACAACUACUCCGUUAACUACAACUGAAUCAACAACAUCACAACAAACAGUAACUACAACUCCAUCUACUAUAUCUACUACAACAGCUGAAACCAGUACAACACCUAAAACUGUGCCAACAUCUACAACUGAAAAAACUACCAAACCAACAACUACUCCAUUGACUACAACUGAAUCAACAACAUCAAAACAAACAGUAACUACAACUCCAUCUACUACAUCUACUACAACAGCUAAAACCAGUACAACACCUGAAACUGUGCCAACAUCUACAACUGGAAAAACUACCAAACCAACAACUACUCCAUUAACUCCAUCUGAAUCAACAACAUCAAAACAAACAGUAACUACAACUCCAUCUACUAUAUCUACUACAACAGCUGAAACCAGUACAACACCUAAAACUGUGCCAACAUCUACAACUGGAAAAACUACCAAACCAACAACUACUCUAUUGACUACAACUGAAUCAACAACAUCACAACAAACAGUAACUACAACUCCAUCUACUACAUCUACUACAACAGCUGAAGCCAGUACAACACCUGAAACUGUGCCAACAUCUACAACUGGAAAAACUACCAAACCAACAACUACUCCAUUAACUACAACUGAAUCAACAACAUCACAACAAACAGUAACUACAACUCCAUAUACUACAUCUACUACAACAGCUGAAACUGUGUCAACAUCUAUAACUGGAAAACCUAUCGAACAAACAACUACUCCAUUAACUCCAUCUGAAUCAACAACAUCAAAACAAACAGUAACUACAACUCCAUCUACUACAUCUACUACAACAGCUAAAACCAGUACAACACCUGAAACUGUGCCAACAUCUACAACUGGUAAAACUACAAAACCAACAACUACUCCAUUAACUCCAUCUGAAUCAACAACUUCACAACAAACAGUAACUACAACUCCAUCUACUACAUCUACUACAACAGCUGAAACCAGUACAACACCUGAAACUGUGUCAACAUCUACAACUGGAAAAACUACCAAACCAACAACUACUCCAUUAACUACAACUGAAUCAACAACAUCAACACAACAAACAGUAACUACAACUCCAUCUACUAUAUCUACUACAACAGCUGAAACCAGUACAACACCUGAAACUGUGUCAACAUCUACAACUGGAAAAACUACCAAACCAACAACUACUCCAUUAACUACAACUGAAUCAACAACAUCACAACAAACAGUAACUACAACUCCAUAUACUACAUCUACUACAACAGCUGAAACUGUGUCAACAUCUACAACUGGAAAAACUACCAAACCAACAACUACUCCAUUAACUACAACUGAAUCAACAACAUCAAAACAAACAGUAACUACAACUCCAUCUACUAUAUCUACUACAACAGCUGAAACCAGUACAACACCUAAAACUGUGCCAACAUCUACAACUGGAAAAACUACCAAACCAACAACUACUCCAUUGACUACAACUGAAUCAACAACAUCACAACAAACAGUAACUACAACUCCAUCUACUAUAUCUACUACAACAGCUGAAACCAGUACAACACCUGAAACUGUGCCAACAUCUACAACUGGAAAAACUACCAAACCAACAACUACUCCAGUAGUUUCAACUACACCCACAUCUAUUCCCACAACCACAGAGUGUUUCUGCAUAAUAAAUGGAGUGCAUUAUGAACCAGGAAAACCAAUAUUUGAAGACAAAGACAUUGGCUCAGGUGUAUGUUUGUCCAUGUUCUGUUCUGAUAGCUGUCUAAUACUUAACACAACAAGGCCAUGCCCAACAACAGCAACACCACCACCACCACCGAAAAACUGCACAGAAUGGGGAGUAGAAGAAAAUGAGAUAUUUGAGAUCUGUAACUGCACAUUGGCCAGGUGCAUUGAAAACAAUACGGUUGAAAUCAUCCCAUACGAAUGUCCACCUCUUCAAAACAUCACUUGUUCAAACGGCAAACAACCUGUUCUGGUGCCUGACGAGUAUCACUGCUGUGAAGAGUAUGCUUGUGACUGCUUUUGUGAAGGAUGGGGAGAUCCUCACUACAUAACAUUUGAUGGACGGUUCUAUAGUCAUCAAGGAGAAUGCACAUAUGUUUUAAUGGAGGAAAUCAGACAUAAACACCACUUGAAAAUUUACAUUGAUAACGUCAAUUGUGACCCCCGAGAAUCUGUGUCCUGCCCAAGAUCUAUCAUUGUGUCCUACCACAAUAAAGCGAUCACACUGAAAAACCACAACCUUUUAGGGGCUGCCAAGCUGGAGGCUUUAAUGGGGAAUUCUCCUCUGAAAUUACCAUUUGAAGAAAAAGGCCUGAGGGUGCUGAGCUCAGGGUUGACCUUAAUCCUGCAGAUUCCAAAGCUAAAUGUUGUGGUUAUGUUUGGAGUCACUGGUUUCAGUGUAAACUUGCCGUUCAAGUAUUUUGGGAACAACACCCAAGGACACUGUGGUACCUGCAACAACAACAAGGCUGAUGACUGCAUGCUACCUGGGGGGAAACUUGUAGAUGACUGUGCAGUAAUGGCAAACUAUUGGCAAGCUAAAGACCUGAACAACCCUGAAUGCAAACCACCACCAGAGGAGCCAGAAACAGUUGCACCCACAAAAGCUCCUUGUCCGAUCAAUGCAGUGUGUGAGCUUCUUAAGAGCGAUUUGUUUAAGGAGUGUCAUCCACACGUCUCCCCACAAAACUACUUCACAGGCUGCCAGUUUGACAGUUGUCACAUUAGCAACCCAACUGUGGUCUGCACGAGUGUUCAGACCUAUGCAAAAGCUUGCUCUCAGGCCGGUGUCUGUAUAAACUGGAGGGAGCACACUGAUAUAUGCACUGCCGAAUGUCCAGCAGACAAAGUGUAUAUGCCUUGUGGACCUGCUGAUCCUCCAACCUGCAAAGACAAGCCUGAUGACCAUUUCAUGAACGUGACUACUGAGGGUUGUUUCUGUCCUGAUGGCACGAAGCUCUUCAGUAAGGAGUCAGGAGUGUGUGUUGACAAGUGUGGAUGCCUGGACCCCUCUGGUCAAGGACGAGAGUUUGGAGAAAAGUUCCAGUACGGUUGCCAGGACUGUGUGUGUGAUGAGUCAUCUGUGUCCAUCAUCUGCAAACCAAGGCAGUGUUCAAAUGACAGCAACCAACUGACUUGCAGCGAUCCAGGAUUUAUUGUGACCAAUGUGACGGAUCCAUCGGAUGCCUGUUGCACUAUACGUACCUGCAGCUGUGACAGCAGCACCUGCCCCAGUGUAAAUGCCAAGUGUUCGCCUGGCUACACUCCUGUAUUCAAUGUGCCUGAAGGAAAAUGCUGCCCUGAAUACACAUGUGAGCCAAAGAGAGUCUGUGUCCAUAAAGGUCUAGAGUAUGAGCCUGGUACUUCAAUCCCCGUGAUCGCCUGCCAGGAGUGUCGCUGUACAAAUGAUGUGGAUCCGAAUACACAACUGUAUAAGGUCCAGUGUGGAAUGGUGACUUGCAAAGAAAAUUGUGAACCAGGAUAUAGCUAUGUCGAAUCAGACACUUAUGAAUGCUGUGGAAAAUGUGUAAAGACACAAUGUGUCCUUAACUACAACGGCACAGUACAGAUAUUGGAGAAUGGUGCAGAAUGGACUCCUUCAAAUGAUGCAUGUGACAAAUUCAUCUGCACAAUGACUGAUGGAGAAUAUGUUACUACGCACUAUAAGAUCCAGUGCCCACCAUUCAACAUCAGUAAUUGCCAGCCCGGAACCGUGCAACUUUCUUCUAAUCGCUGCUGCCAAGUCUGUGUGGAUAUGGACAGUGGAUGUAAAGUACAGACCAGUUUUGAUUACAUCACUCACAACAACUGCCGGUCAAAGACUACAGUGGAACAAACACACUGUGAGGGACACUGUGACAGCUACAGCAAGUACACUGAGUUAGGCUCAUCAUCUUGUAGCUGUUGCCAAGCCAGUCGCACCAGUAAGCACACGGUGAGUCUGGACUGCGAGAACGGAGAUACCAUAAACCAUACCUACCUCCAUGUUGAGGCGUGCAGCUGUGACCAGACUAAAUGUCUUGGAAAGAGUCAGAGCACGCCGACUCUCACGGAAGAUACUCGCCGCAGACGCAGCUUCAGACUCCCAUAAAGAUGUACCUUAACAAUAUCAUACACACAGCAGUCACGAAGAUCUCCAUAUUUUGCAUUUUGUAUUUUGAUAUUUAGGAAAGAUUUCACACGCUUUAUCAUGAUUACUUUCAACGAUGUUAUUAUAGGUCCAAAUUGCUUUGCUUGUAAUUCAAAUAUAUAUAUAUAUAUAUAUAUAGCUGUUUAAAUAAAGUGCAAUUUAAAAGUG